GAACUGUAAACAAACAAAUCGUAGCGCGAGAGUGAAUUUGUCUGAUAACUUAUCGUGUUUAGUGAAAAUGGAGAACAUUCUUGAGCCCAGCAGCUCGGACGACAACAUGGCUCCGGACAACAAGAAGGACAUUCAGUCGCUGCUCUCAUCGGAGGACGAUUUCUUCGAACCGACGUCGACACCGUCGCGGUCCGGGCGCCGCGAUUCCUCGGGGAACGAGGACAAACCGAGCUGCUCGCUGAAAACGGACUUUGAGGACAUCAUCCUGCCAGAAAUGGGACACGAUAGUAGCCUAAUGCUGAAGGAACAGAAAGAUCGUGAACGGGAGAAGCGCAAGGAGAGCAAAAGCAAACGGGAACUCGAAGAGGAAGAGCGCGAAAAGAUGCAGGUUCUUGUGUCCAAUUUCACCGAAGAGCAGCUCGAUCGGUACGAAAUGUAUCGGCGGGCUGCCUUCCCGAAGGCGGCCGUUAAGCGGCUUAUGCAAACGAUAACGGGUUGUUCCGUGUCCCAGAACGUCGUGAUUGCGAUGUCGGGCAUAGCGAAGGUGUUCGUCGGGGAGGUCGUAGAAGAAGCGCUCGAUGUGAUGGAAACGGGCGGCGAGAGUGGAGCCAUUCAACCCAAGUAUCUACGUGAAGCAGUCCGUCGGCUGCGCAACAAGGGCCAGAUACCGAGUGGCCGGGGGCAUCGUCAAUUUUUUAAGCUUAAUUGAAACGCAUACAAUAUCAAAAAUAAACUAGCGGGUAAAUUUUCUAA